GCUAGGGCGCGAUGAGCAGCGUCGUCUAGGGCCCGAUGAGCAGCAUCGUCUGUCCGGUGUGUUAUGAGGAUGCCAAGCCUGGAAGCGAGGAUCUCCAAGCUAUUGCUGGAUGCGGACAUGUGUUUCACGAGCUUUGUCUCCAGCAAUGGCUCGAGUAUUGCCACAGGAAACCGUGCUGCCCGGUGUGUAAAGAAUCUUGCCCAGCGAAACAGAUCCAUCGGCUAUACUUUUUAUCAUCCGACCAACAAACCCAAUCAGUUUCUCACUCGCAAAACAGCAGCGCAACCAUUGACGCAGUGCUUGGGAAGCUGGAGUCUCAGCUCUCGGUAGCUAAUGCAGCACUACAAGCGAUCAAGCAAGAAAACAAGCAUCUCGAUGACGAGCUCGCCAAUCUUAAGAUCAAGCUUGAGAAAUCAGAGUGUGUUCGACGGAAAGCUAUGAGUGACCUUGACAUCUGCAGAGAAUCCUCGUCAAGGCUCCAGGAGGAAGUGAAUAGGAGUUUAGAGGACCGCACGAAGCUGAUUGAGAAGAACACAUCGUUAGCAAAAGAGCUUGCUUCCAUGAAGAUGGUAGCAGACAUUUCCUUGGACGAGGAUGAAAUCUUGCGGCUUGCAAAUGUAGGCCAAGCAAAGAACAAGGAUAAUAUUAUUGACACGCUCACAAGAUCCCUUGUCAUUCGUAACAAGAGUUACAGAGACUUGGUGAACAAGUGCAGCUCUUUGGGAAUGAACGAGACAGUUGCUAUUCAAAAAGCUAACAAAGCAUCUGAGCAACUCAGAAUUCUAAAGGCUCGCGUCCAAGAGCUAGAAAAAGCUCUAGAGGUUAAAGAAAACAAGGAGCUUCGAGACCUGAAGAGGAAGAUCGAACAAAGUAAUACGAACUUUGUAGCUGAAAAAAAGAUGGCUUCCACAACUGCGGAACAUGAGGACAAAGUCAGGCAUGAAACCGCUACUGAGGAUGGCUGCUUUGUGCCUAAGCCUACAAAUCUCUGCUCUGAUAAAGCUCUACAAAUCUCCAUAAGGCGCGACGCUCCAAUAUGUAGCCCGAUUCUUCCAGGCGACUUGGCGAAAAACCAAGAGCAAGUCUGUGCGCAAGACUCGUCGACCAGAAAGAGAGUGUACGCCGCAACGAGCGGGACGAGCUCUCCUCGAGGAUUUACACCGUCCAGCAGUGACAAGGGAAGCUUCAUACUCCGCGGUGCAGAUGGCCGUGGUGGAAGAGUGACGAUCUUGAAGCCUCCGGGAAUCAAAGCAAGCGCGCAUAAACAAUCCAAGCGUGCCAAGAAUCACCGCAGCAACGAAGGAUUGCACAUAGAACACUUCUUCGGGCGAGCAGAAUAGAGUAUGGUUGCAUUACAUAGUAUAUAUUUUGCGGUAUAUUGCAUUUUGCAGCAAUGUAUAAUACCAUAGUUCUCCGUCACGGAGCUUCCAGGAGCA